CUUAUUUUGCUAUUUUUAACAUACUACUUGCUAUUAUUUAUUAUUUACUCUUAAUUCUCACACAGUCAACAUGCUUCACAUCACUGACUUGCCAUUAAUCGUUGUGGACCUCAUUAUUCAAUUUGCGACAAAGCAUAUGGAGAUAUAUGGAAAUGCAGCGUGGCAUCAGUACAUCCCAUUGCUAGCAGUUAACCGAACAUGGAGAAAUACAUUAAAACUUAAAGCCUAUAGACAUGCUUACUUUAAUAAAACGAGGCUACACAGAGCUCGACAGUCCAAAACGCGCACCAACAUCGGCCUGAUAAAGUUUUCAAAUAACACACAUUUGGCCAAAACACUGGAACUAUCGCUGGACAACCACACUUGCGUUGGUCAAUUUUUAGACCAAUAUCUAUCGGUGUUUGAGUUUGUCAAGCAUGGCUGGACAAACGUUACAACUGUCAAAUUUAGAAUCAACCCGGUUUCAGCUAUGACUGUGGGGAUCAUUACGCCUAAUCCCCAUGAUGAGCUGGUUCCACAAUUGUCUUGCUUUAUUGAACAACUGGUGCAGCAUAUGCCUAAUGUUAAUACAUUGGUAAUUAAAUCAAGUAUUGAAUCCCGCUUGACGCGUACUCUUAGCACUGAGCUUAUAUACGGAUAUAAGUACAACUUGCGUUCUGUUGUGAGUGAUUUAUUUAUGCCCUUGAAUUUGGCAGGCGCGUUCGGUAAUUUGACGCAGCUGAACAUUUCACUUAAUCCUGCAUCCGAGAUUUUGAUUCCCAAAGUUAAUAUUGAAAUUAUUCAGCUGCUUCGUUUAACUAAUGUGCCCUUGUAUUUUUCUUGGAAUAUACUACUCUCAGAUAAAAAUACAAAGAUGGUUGAGUUUAGCAGCUUGAAAACGCUGAAAUUAGAAUUUGUUAAAGAGAAGGAUGAUAAUACUGAGUACAGUAUAGCAAAUGCAAAUACUUGUGACUCCAAUGACUCGAUCGGCUCUCAAAUAUCAUUUCCAAAGCUUCAAAAUAUCAUAAUCAUAAAUAACCCGGGAGCAGAUUUCGCAAAUCAAAUAUACAAAUUUUCGGAACAACUUUAUUUAAUUAACAUAACCAAUUCCCUCAGCACACUAUACAUGUUGAGCAAAUUCAAUACGCAAUCUGUUGGAGUAAUUAAUAUCAGGUUUUCGAAUAUCAACCGAAUUAAUGAACAUGAAUUUUACAAAUCAACAAAUUUAUUUUUUAAAUCGAACAGAAAGUACACCAGCUCAGUAAUUGAUUUAUUUCAUGUAAAUUUAAACAUAGAUUGGGAGCAAAUCAAGUGGCAAACCCUUGACUAUUUAAAAAUUGAUGACUGCGAGUUCAACACAAUGCUGAUAAUCAUUGAGAAACUACCGACUUUGAAAAAGCUAGAAUUAUAUAGGCUAUUCGCAAAUGAUUUGCCGGAGCAUAUUAACGACCUCAUGUUUUUCACAUAUCCCAGUCAACUCAGUGUUCAGCCGAUCAAAAGUAAUAUUGAAUACUUGGGCGCAUUGCUCAUUGCCGGGAAUAAUAUUAAACCUAAUGUAUUUGUAUCGUGCACGCAGCAUUUGCUCUUACAAUUGACUUCGCUUAAAUCCCUUGACAUUUUUAACUGCACUUGGAUGGGGUUGGUCAGAUUUGUGGAGGAGUAUAAACUGUGGUUUCCGCACUUGGCUAACGUCGAUGUGGGUAUUGAAUAUGAUAAGGCAAACAAAAUGAUGGAGCAAUCAGGUAACACACACCUAUUUUCCCUGAUGGGGUCUGGGCCGCGGACAAAUAUGUCCUAGG